AUGACUCUUCGAGGGUGCAUUUCUUGGACAUUGAUAUCAACUUCAAGGGGAGCUAACAUACUUACAUCUGUAUACCGAAAACCUAGCAUCUUCCCAACAUAUAUUCCAAAAAGUUCGUGCAACCCUAUCUCAUACAAAAUUGUCACUUUCAGAGCAUUAGUGAGAAGAGCACAUACGCACUCCACGACGCAACAAGCUCUAAAAACGGAACUCCAACAUAUAGGGGAUAUUGCUGUAGCUCAUGGAUACUACAACACUCUAGUCAAAAAUUUAUCUAAAAGGUAUGACAUUUCCCAAAAAGCCAUUGAUCAGGCAGGGCCACCAUUGAAUAUACCUGAUCAAGAAAAAGAGAGGAUACCUAUAACAUAUAAUCCGAUACUGAAAUCAGUCUACAACAUGAUAGCCAAAAGAAGAGACAUGAAUAUAGCAUACAGAAGAUGUCAAACGGUCUACAUAAUACAAACUAAUGGCAAAGACCGGCCUAACCCUGAAAGACUCCCAGGAGUAUACGCAGUACCGCUAGAAGACAAAAGAUAUGAUAGACAACUGACAUAUAUUGGUUCCACAAAGCGUUCGUUAAAAGUGAGGUUAAAAGAACAUGAGUCAGAUAUACAGCAAGGUAGAUACACAACAUCCCUGGCAACAUACACUUCAGAACAGGAAAUAAUAGCAGACCUGCGUGCGGCAAAAAUUAUUAAAACCAACUCCAACCCUCAACAACUAAAAUGGCUAGAGGCCAUGGAGAUAUUUAAGGUGGGAAGAAACAACACAUGUAUUAAUUAUAAAGAGGAAAUGGCCUUAUCAAUAGCAUGGAAGAUUUUGCUGAAUAACAGCGUUUAA